CACUGGCCAGGAGACGCUGGAUACCCAAAGCAGCCUGGUCAUCAGAAAUGUGACAACUCAAGAUGCAGGCAGCUACACUGUGGUGCUGGAAACCAGCAGGGGACGCAGGAGUGCGACGGAGCAGAUACAGGUCAACGCCAACUCUGACGGGGUGCUGGCUGCUGACAUUGCUGGGGAACACACAAGGUAUCCUCCGGAGUGAACUCAACUACUCAGUGAUCCUGCAGUGGGUGGCUUCCAUCCAACCUGAACCUGUGCUACGAUGGACCUUCAAUGGGCAUCCUCGCGGGAUCGGGGAGAGGCUGAUUAUCCAGAGGUUGUCCUUGGAGGAUCUGGGCACCUAUGUAUGCUUGGCCGAGAACAGCCAGGGAAUGUAUUUCUCCCAGCCUGUGACUAUCAUGCUGCCACAAGACAUCGUGGAUCCCACAGACCCUGUGCCCAUCAAGCCGAACCCUACCCUCUCCCUGUCAGGAAGCUCUGCCUUUGCCCUCAUUGUGGCCGCACCUGUGGUACUGGUCGGAAGCACGGUCUUCACCAUAAUCUGGAAGCUAAGGUGUGGCUGACAAAGAAGAAAUGAGUGAACCACUUUGGGGGUUUUUUUCAGUUUAAAUAAAUUGAAUAAAAAUUUUAAAAACAAAUAAAUGAAUCUAGACAAAAGGAGAUAUUACAAGCAGAUCUUAACCACGAAUUUUUAUGUGGUGCUCAA